CUUAUUUGGGUGGUUUCAAUAAUGGAGCAAGGAAGCGAUUUAAAAGGCCUGGUGGCCUCCCGAGGCCAUGUAAAGAGUUCCAUAACUCGCAUGUAUAAUUACGCACGGGAAUUACAAUCGGCGCCAGAUUCAAAUGAUGAGAAAACGGAAAACGUGUUCGAGGUUGAAGGCCGAUAUUAUGACACCAUAACCGGGCAGCAGCUCUCGAGACCCUCGGAGAAAGCGCGCCAGCAUCUUCUGUGCGCCGCAACAGCCUAGUAGCUUCAAAAAAUAAUGCUAAUAAAAAUAAUAAUGAUAUCAUAAAGCCCAUUAACUGUAAGUAUUGCAACUCACACAGUCAUAAACUGCAUCAAUGUCCAAGUUUCAAGCUUGUUGAGCCCACUAACCGUAAUGACUUUGUUUGCAAACAUAAAUUAUGUAAAAUAUGUCUUAAUGAGCACCUAAAUAAAAAAUGUUUUUUCACUUUUAAUUGUGCUAAAUGCAAGGGUACGCACAACACUUUGUUGCAUGAGGACGUUCCUCAAAGCAGUGAGCAGAAAGUCAGCUUAUUAGCUAAUAAAAAUGAUAAUGUCUUAUUGCCCACAGUUAGGGUUAAAUUAUAUAAUAAGGACGGGCUGCCAAUUUACGCACGUGCUUUACUUGACUCAGGGAGCCAAGUCUCAUUUGUUUCUUCUGAUCUUGCUGAUCAAAUAGGUUGUAAGUUACAGCCUACUAAUGUUAAGGUUACAGGUGUGUGUGAUGGUUCAAAUAUUUCAACACAACAGACCACAUUAGACAUCAAUUCUACUACAAACGAUUUUAAAAUGUCAUUGACUUGCCAUGUAGUAAAAAAUAUUACAUCUGACAUGCCACAGUUUUUGGUACAAAAACAUAAAUAUCAUUUUCCAUCCUAUGUUAGGCUGGCAGAUAAUGACUUUGAUACUUGUGACAAGAUUAGCAUUCUCCUAGGUUGCGACAUAUUUUUUCAGGUUCUACUUCGUGACCAGAUUCCGGUUGUACCUGGGGAGCUAUUCCUGCAAAACACACGCUUCGGCUUUGUGGUCGCCGGGAGGGUUCCUGCCUAUGCACCUACAUCUUCAUGCUUGGCUUCUAACUUUUGCACAACGCAAUCUAACCUCUCUGGCACAAGUAACGAGUUUAUUCAACCUCAUUGUCACUUAGACAAAAUUGUUUCACAGUUCUGGCAAACAGAAAAAGUACCUGAAGUUUAUAUUGAAGGGGAAACUGAACAACAGUUAACUGAACAAAUAUUUAAAGAGUCUGUUGUUUUACAUGAUGACAAGUUUGAGGUGGCUUUACCUCUCAAACAGGAUAUUAAUAAAUUGCAUUUGGGUAAUUCUCUUUCAUGUGCAUUGAAACGAUUUCAUAACUUGGAAUUAAGAUUUAAAAAGGAUGACACUUUAUUUAAAAACUAUAAAGCAUUUAUUGAUGAAUAUGUAGAUUUAGGCCAUGCCAAAUACAUAGAUGUGUCUGAAUAUGAUUUGGAGGAACAGCCAGUGUUCUUUUUGCCUCAUCAUCCAGUUUUCAAUGAAAACAGUUUAACUACAAAAUUAAGAGUAGUAUUUGAUGGUUCAAUGCAAAGUUUGUCUAAAAUUUCACUUAAUGAUGUCUUAUUAAAUGGGCCUGUUGUGCAGAAUGAUCUGUUUAGCAUUCUUAUAUUGUUUAGACUUUACAAGUAUAUUUUAAAUUGUGACAUUCAAAAAAUGUUCAGAUGUAUAAACUUGACACCAUCACACCGCCAAUUGCAAAACAUAUUGUGGAGGCCGACUUCAGACAGUGCUAUACAGUGUCUGCAACUUCAGACUGUCACCUAUGGUCUAAAAAGCUCCUCAUAUUUAGCCACGCGUUGUUUGGUUGAGUUAGCUAACCGGUAUAGGGAUCAGUUUUGCCUGGCUUCCGAUGCACUAUUGCAUAAAACUUAUUUUGAUGACAUUUGCUUAUCUGAUAAUGACUUAGGUCAACUUAUAAAAACAAGGGACGAACUUAUUCAAUUGUUAAAAAAAGGUGGCUUUUCACUGCAUAAAUGGUGUGCAAAUGAUAAUUCAUUGUUACAGGACAUUCCAUUAACUGCUCAACAUAAAGGUGAUGUUCAUUUUUCAGAAAAAGAUAACAGUGUUGUCAGGAAUUUAGGUAUAAAAUGUAAAUUAGAUGAUGACACACUUGUAAUAAGUUCUCCUGAACAAAAUUUAUUAGAUAAAUACACCAAACGUGAUGUAUUAUCAUUUGUGAGCAAAAUAUUUGACCCAUUGGGACUGGUUGGACCUAUUGUUGUUAAAGCAAAACUUCUAAUGCAGCAAACAUGGCUGUCUAAAUGUAAUUGGGAUUCUCCUUUGCCCGACCAGCUCAAUCAGGAAUUCAAAACUUUUGCUGACCAUUUAACUAAAAUGAAUGAUAUUGUAGUUAAAAGAAAUUUAAACACUUGUGAAGCCAAGUCAAUUGACAUCAUUGGGUUUGCCGACGCUUCUAAUAAAGCCUAUGGCUGUUCACUUUAUAUGAGAUCUGUUGGUGUCAAUGAUGAGGUUACGGUGAAUUUAUUAUGCUCUAAAUCUCGGGUGAAUCCUAUAAAAGAGUUGAGCACACCUAGAUUGGAAUUAAAUAGUGCAUUGUUACUUGCUAAAUUAACUAAAAAAGUGUAUGAUAUAAUAAGUCCGCGAUUUGAUGUUAAUGUCUACCUAUAUGUUGACUCACAAAUUGUUCUGGCAUGGUUAAAAACCAAUCCUAUAAAACUCAGUGUAUAUGUGGCUAAUAGAAUCAAAUGUAUUAUUGAAUUGACAGGGAAUUUCUCUUGGUAUUAUGUAAAUACUUCACAAAACCCAGCUGACUGCCUGUCUAGAGGCGUAGAACCGCAUUUAUUACAAAGUCAUGAUCUUUGGUGGCAUGGUCCCACAUUUUUAAGCCAGCUGGAUUUUAAUCCUGUGUGUGAAAAUGUGAAGUUACCUAAAGAAAUUCCAGAAAUAAAAACUUCACAUGUAAUUUCAAUAACUGAGGACUUACCAUUGUUUAAUAAUUGUUCAAACAUUGAUAAAAUGAAAAGAUUUGUUGCAUAUAUCUUUAGAUUUGUUAAAAACUGUAAAAGUAAUAAAGGGGCUAAAGUAGUAGAUGUUUUUCCCGGGGCUGAUGGCAAAGUGAGAGCACUUUCCAUUAAAACUUGUAAAGGUUCUAUAGUGAAAACUAGUAUUCACAAAGUAUGUAUCUUACCUAUAGAUAAUGAGUAAGAAUAAUUUUAAGUUUAAAACAAAAAGAACAAAUAAUUUAUUUUCAAGUUUAUAUUAAAAACUAGUUGCUUAUUUUUCAUCAUAAUUAAAAAACAAUUUUGUUCAUCUUUUUACUUAGUUUAAACGUUUGUACUUUUUAAUCUUUGUUCUUUUUGCCGUGUUGCGGAAUAUGUGUAGUACACACUAAAUUUAUUUUAUAUUAUGGCAACACCGAAUUCCAUUCUUUCUUCUACCCUUAACCAUCAUGGCGAUGGGUGUUGCAUUUUCCACUUUUUGUA